UGUUAAUCUUUAAACAUGGAGCACCAGAUGAAAAGAGUUGUCAUGUGAGGAUUGUACUUUACUCCUCUCAUAGAGAAAACGACAGACUUCAACACUCAUUCUACACCAUGGAGUUGAAAAUCAGUUCUCUGUUGACUUUGAUUCUCCUCUGGGAUUCUCUGUGUGUCGGUGGUUUCAUAUCUAAAACUGCAGCUCACAGUGAUAUUUACCAGAGAAACUCUGAACAAUCGCUGGAGACUCCGAUGGGUCAAACAAACCGUCUGCAGGUCAGACCUGAAAAUUCACUUCAUAUUCAUCCAGGACAAACACUGACGCUUCAGUGCGGAGAUGAAGGAGAUGAAGUUCUGGCGCAGUGGUGGCAGACGCCUUUCGGCCUGUUUGAUGGCUGCAACCACCCAAACAUCAAAACAGACCCAGUUGAAACAUGCAAUGGCACUUUGAGGAUUUCAAGGGCCACGUCCAGCCAUGAUGGACUCUAUUUCUGUGUCCGUCUGGACGAGAUGAGCAAAACAAUUGUGCCUUAUAGAGUUAACAUAGCAGCUGUCAAGAAACCUAGGAAGACUAGAGAGGCAAAGGUUAACAGCGACACGGUGUCAGAAAGCCAUUUCGCAGCGGCUGUGGCGGCAUCAGUAAUCGUGAGCUUUGUAGUGGCCUUCACACUUGGUGCAUUCAGUAGAUCCUACGUCAUGAAGUGCCUACGAACGAUAAGGGCCCGUGCGCCUCAUAGAAAAGGUAAACACUAUCACAUCAAUGGACAGAGGAACUUACAAACCACCAGAGCGCAAAUUGAGACGGUGUUCUUUCAUAAAAACCAAGACACUGAAGAAGAUAACGUGGACAUUGGUUUGGAUGAUCAGGAACGUGUGAAUGUUGAUAACGCAGAUGCUGUCGGAAAUGGGAAUGAUGAGUCAAACGAGCCCCAGAGUUGUGAAGGAGAAGAACAAACCCAAGAGUUGAGAUCGGUGGUUAGUCCACAUCCAAAGAAGAAGAUCCGCAUCAUUAAAGUCUACAACUAUGAUGAAGAAGGGAAUCAAUACAGCCACAUCAAAGACUCAGGGAUGGAGGUUAAAGACGAGGUCAGGCCCAAACUGAGGACCUUGUCGCUGACGCGACUUGAUGCCAUUAUGAAACAGGCUGAGUCUCUUGACUUCGACCCAGCCAGAGAGUCGACCAAAGGCCAGACGGUUCAACCAAAUGCUCCUUCCAAUGAAAACAGUGUUUCAGCUACAGAAGGAGAAACUGGAGCCUCACAAUCAGGCUGAGAAACACAUUUAUGAGGUGGAGGAAGUGAUCACUGAAAAGACCUUUGACCAAUUUGUGACCUGGGCUUAUUGGACAAUUAACUGAAGUGUUAUUCUGGCUUUUUUGGUCAAAAGUCUACCAACAGCCUGAAAGCGUGCAUUUCAAUUCAACUAUUUUUACAGUAAUUAAACUGUAUGUUGAAUGUGUUUAAUGUAUAGACAAUAUACAGUUCAGGUCAAAAGUUUACAUACACCUUGCAAAAUCUGCAAAAUG